AUGGCCUCCAAUUCUCUUUAUGAUAUGCUUGUAAAUGACUCUGACUUCUCUGAAUCUGAUGAUGAUUUGGAGAUGCUCAAAGUUGUUACUAUGGAUGAAGAACUACUAGAUAGUGAGAUAGGAUCAAGCUCACGUCGUGGUUCUAUUCGAGGUCGUAAAGUCAUUCAUCGUGAUCAUAUUCAAGGUCAUGAAAGGCUUUUUCUCGACUAUUUUGCUGAAUCGCCUGUAUAUCCUCCUGAGCUAUUUCGAAGGAGGUUUCGGAUGAAGCGUUCACUUUUUCUUCGAAUUCAAGCUGCAGUAGAAGCGCACGAUCCAUACUUUCUUCAAAAAAGAAAUUGUGCUGAAAAGCUUGGUUUGUCUUCUCUUCAGAAGAUAACUGUUGCACUUAGGAUGCUUGCUUAUGGAGUAGCCGCUGAUUUUAUGGAUGAAUAUGUGAGAAUUGGAGAAAGCACUGCAAUAGAAAGCUUAAAAUAUUUUGUUAAAGCAGUUGUUGAUAUUUUUUCUAAUGAGUAUUUGAGGUCACCAAACAACAAUGACAUCGCUAAACUACUAGCAGUUGGUGAAAGUCGUGGAUUUUCUGGAAUGCUGGGGAGCAUUGAUUGUAUGCAUUGGAAAUAG